AAAAAAAACAAACCAUUCUCCUCGCCCUUCUUCCAUCCCAGCCGCUCUCUUCAGAGAGAGAGAGAGAGGGAGGGAGGAGAGACGAUCUUGUUCGGUCCGUCGCAAUGGAUCCAGACGCAGUAGCAAAGGCCUUUGUAGAACACUACUACACGACCUUCGACGCUAACCGCGCAGGCCUUGCUAACCUGUACCAGGAUGCGUCGAUGCUCACCUUCGAGGGGCAGAAGAUCCAAGGGUCCCAGAACAUCGUGGCCAAGCUCACAUCACUUCCCUUCCAGCAGUGCCAGCACUCAAUCACCACCGUUGAUUGCCAGCCAUCCGGCCCUGCUGGUGGGAUGCUCGUCUUCGUCUCCGGAAAUCUCCAGCUCUCUGGCGAGCAGCACGCCCUUAGGUUCAGCCAGUUGUUGUGUGUGGGCCCGCAAAGUGCUUGCACUGAUCCACGCUGGAUGACUGCCAGAUCAGGAGCAGACGAUGUUGUUCCACUUGAUGCCGACGCCUCAAGGAAGCUUCUAUGUGUUGAAUGACAUCUUUCGGCUCAACUAUGCCUAAGAAGACACUGUUUGGGACCCAGCCAACAAAAAAGAGAGGACAUUUUGGGUUGGAAUACCAGGGACCGUUUUCGCAUUUCUGUUUGUUAGACUGUCAUGAUUUUGGAGGGUUUUUUUGGUGAUUGGCUUGUGUGCCUGUUUUUCAAGCUUUUCUGUAGAUGGUCAUACAUUACCCUUUCAAGUUGCUUGGACGGAUGGUAAGAGAUGAUCUCAAAUAUUUACUUUUAGUUUCAAAGAUUUGGAAAAGAAAAAAAAAAAACAUUUUAUUUAUUUCUUCUGUUCUUUUCAUUUUUUAUUUUAUUUUUUGACUAUAGGUUAUUAUUGAUGUGGGAAUUGAUCCUGAACGGCGCAGAUGCACCAUCUUUUGGUUCUGCUCGAUGUACUGGACAUGUAGCCCAAUUGGAUGAUCGGGAUCAUCCAUUCAUUGCUAAAAUAAUUAAGGAAUGAUUCUGAUCUUUUGGGACA